GCAGUUGUGAUAUAAUAAUACGCACUAUGUAUGCAGUUCACAUUGAUAGCCAUGUUAGUGUGAAUGUGGGUACGUUUCUCAAGAUAUAUAACGGAGGUUGUAUUGUGAAACAGAGAAUACAUUCUGACAAAAAGGGUUGAAAAAGAUUUUGAAAUCUUAUUACUAAACAAUACAUUUUGAAAAUGGAGAACGUUGGUAAUAUUAAAGAAAUUGUAAUCAAAGACAAGUCAGGAAAUGAUUUUAAGAUGAUUGAAGUUGACGGGGUUUAUCUAACGUCCGUAGGAGAAGAACUCGUGGGUAACAAACCGGAAGUUCAUUUUAGAAAAAUCAAGGAUCUCAAGAUACGAGACGAUGACGUCAUGAUAUGUGCUUAUCCAAAAGCAGGCACUCACUGGAUCUGGGAAGUUAUUCAAAUGUUACGAACUCAGUCUACAGAAUAUAACAAACAGAUCAAGGAGAAACAAAUGUUAAGAUUCGGCCAGAUGGGGGGUAUAGACCAGGAACCGUCCCCACGUGUUCUUAAUUCACAUUUAUGGCCGCGGCAUUUACCCGCAGAGAUGUUCUCAAAGAAAACCAAAAUUAUUUAUCUGUUUCGGAACCCAAAAGACACUAUUGUGUCGUAUUUCUUCCAUGUCAGCGGUGUACAGCCUAUCUUAAAGUACUAUGGAAAUAUCAGAGAUUUCGUAGAUAUGUCUUUGUAUAAAACUUUACCGUAUGGAACGUGGUAUGACCAUGUUCUAGAGUGGGAGAAGUUCUUUGAAACAACUGAAAAUCCAUUUUAUCAGUUUAGCUAUGAAGAUAUGCAGGAGAAUCCAGUAGAACAUGUAAAAGGCUUAGCUAAAUUUCUAGAUUUGCCAGCGUCUGAUGAGUUAUGUAAAGCUAUAGUUGAAGCCUGUAGCUUUAAGAAAUUAAAGAGAGCUAACGAGGAAAUUAAAGAUGAUUUUUUGAAAGAUGAUUGGAAGGAGGGAACAUCUGUCUACAGAAAAGGUAAAGUAGGAGAUUGGAAAAAUUGGUUAACUGUUGCUGAAAGUGAAAGUUUUGAUAAAGUUACAGAAGAAAAACUAAAGAAUAGUAAAGUGAAAGUCAGAUAUACUUGAUGAAUAUAGACAGUAACUUUAUUUCUAGAUGUAAGGGGGCAAGCCAAUAACCACAUACGAAACUUACGCUUUUUGUCUGCAAUUACUUACAAUGAAGCUAACUGACCGAUAAUUUAAUUCAUAAAUGGACGAUUUUAGUCUAAAACUCAAAGUAUAAUUCGAGAAUUUGUAGCACUAUCGUCGUUGCGACAUUGUUUUUAGAUUUAUAGACAAGGAAUAAAGAAAUAAGAUGGCUUUAUAUUUCAUUAAUUAAUAUCUUUGGCAAGUUCGUAGAUUCCCACAUAUGUAGAAUUGUACUAAAUCAACUUAGUCUGUAAUUGACAUAUUGUUACAUAAAAUGAGCUCUUAAACCAAAACAGGUGUCAAUAUUUUACCACCAGAAUAACACGUGAGUGGAAUUAUUCUAAUUGCAUCAUUUGGUUUAAAGUAACCAAUCAUAUCGUUAAUUGCACAGGUUCAGGGCCGUGAACAGGCUUUCUGUGCGUGAUCUGCAGGAGUCUUAUAAACUAAAUCAUAGUAAAGUUUUAAGUUAGACUUCAAUUAGAUUCCAGAGUGUUUCCAUCUGAGUUCCUAGACAGCCGCGAGGCUGGCUAGGGUGAAGAAAUGGUUUUAGCUAGUAUUGUUAUCUAUUAUGCUUGUAUACCUGUAUUCAGCUAUAUAUAUAUAUAUAUAUAUAUAUAUAAAAUGUGUAGAAGCGAACUAUUGCAUUGUUAUUCCUGGUAAGACAAGCGUCUUAAGAAACUGUAAGAAGUAAAUACACAACGUGAAGCAGAAGUAAAGACAGCUAGAGACAAAUUCUAGACGAUCACAAGGCUACAGAAAUAUGUAGUAAGAAAAGAUGCAUGGGUCGUACGUAGGAUGUGGCGACCGGUUCCCCUAAUCCGCUCUCCACGUCAGACAGAAGACCUAUGGUGCUACAAAUUUUGAGAAGUGUUUAUUCCGCUUCCAUUUAAUA